UGUGAUUGCUCAUCUCGACGAAAGUGCAUGGCAUGCCACUGCUUCCACACAUCUCUAUAAAUAGGUCUCGGCAGAAUGGUAGACACAGCAAACUAAAAGUUUCUGCUUUCUCCUCUCUCCAACCACAAUACAAGCAAAAUCUUCAAGAUCAGAUAUGGCUUGCCACCUAAGAUCAACAAGUUUGCCAUCUAGGCCUCUAGCUAGCGAGGCUGAAGUUGAGCAAGAGCUUCACAGCCUAGAGGCAAGCAUCUCUUCCUCUGCUACCAUCAGCACAAUGUGUGGUGGUCUGAGGAUGCUUGGAAACAUCUACAAUGGUGUUGAAGAGAUUAUCUGCCUGCCAAGCAACCAAGUUAGCUCCUCCCAGCAGAGGAAGAUGUUGGAUGGAGAGAUGGAAUGCUCUUUUGAGCUGAUGGAUCUCUGCAGCACCAUGCAAGAGAUCUUCGUCGAGUUGAAGACCAUCAUCCAAGAUCUGCAAGUGGCUCUAAAAAAAGGAGAUGAUGCAGCCGUUCAAGCCAAGAUCCAGUCUUAUACCCGCUUGGCAAAGAGGGCUAAGAAACAUUUCAAGAAGACAUGCAACAAGGCUGCUUCCAUCAAGGCAGAGUAUGGAAUGGUCAGGCUGUUGACCAAGGCGAGGGAGCUGACGGCCUCUCUACUUGAGUCCACACUCCACCUCUUGUCGAAGCAAAUCGACAUGCCUAAACAAUCUCUUGUUUCCAAGGCAUUUCACAAGAAAAAGGCAGCUAUUUUUGAGGAGGAGCAAUUGCAGGAGUUAGAAUGCAGUAUGGGAGAUCUUGAGAGUGAAGCAGGCCAUCUGUUCAGGAAAUUAGUCUGGAACAGAGUUUCUCUCCUUAACAUUCUUAGCUCAUAG